UAGUAAAGAAAGAAAACAAAAUUGAUUCCAUCGGCAUCGGAAAGUAACUGCUGUCAUUAACAUCACUGUUUACAAUCGAGCAUAUUACAGAUCUGUAAUCUAACGACAUGGAUUAUAGCCUGGAUGCUUUUCAACCUCCUGGUGCCAAUGACUGCUACCAGCCAGAUAGCUUGCCUGAGGCUGUGGAGAGUGUCUCCAAGGCCCAGAAGCAACAAGCCAGUGAAAUAGAGCAACAUCAACAGAUCUUUACUACCCUUCAGGAGGAGUUGCUCAAAGCAAUGCAACAGGUGGUUUCCCUAAAAGCAGAGAUGAGGGAGUGUAUAAGAAAGAUAUGUCUUGCUCAGGAGGUCCAUGCUAACAAGAGGAGCCACACUAAAGAAUUACAAGAAGUUAUUCACAGUACAGUUCUUGAAAAUGUGAGUCUGAAGCAGCUGAUAGUAAGAGCAGAAGAAGACGGGUCGAGAGAGAGCAGAAUGUACCAGGUGUACAAAGACAAGAUGGCCAAGCGCAGUCAAUCGAUUCUAGAGCUAGAAGCUGACUCUCCUCAUCAGAUUGAACUUGCGGAGCAGACUAAGGUUCAGGAGGACAUGGAAAAGAAAAGAGCUGAGUUGAAAGCAGAGGUGGAGAUGGACCCAGAGAGUGGAGAGCUAUUAGCCAAACGUAGACUGGAGGGAGAGCUACAUCAACAACAGAUCAUCAAAACUGAGCUGCAACAGAAGCUAAAUAAGCUGCAACAAGAGGUAUCAAAAGAAACCUCCAAGCAAGCUGGAAUCCAACAAGACAUUGACGUAUUGCAGAAGCGUAACAAGGCCCAGUUGACACGUCUUAAAUGUCAACUGAAAGAAGCUCAGCUUAGAAACUGGCAGUGGAGUCAAGAAGCAGAGCAGUUGGAUGCUCAGCUGGAACUCCUAAAGGAGAACGACACUUCAACGUUACAGGAGGAUUAAGAAAAAGAAGGGGAAGGGGGCAGAGAUGGGAGACAACAAUGGAAGUCAUUAAUCUGGAGUAAAUUGAU